UGAUUCCGUCUUGUUGAUAAUUGACAUAUUUCAGACCUAUCUCCGGCAUCAAACGUUAGUUGUAAUCUUCAAGUUAUGGUAGUUGAAUUAAAAGUUAAAACCAUUAGAAUCAGGACAAAACAUUUAAUUUAUACUACUGUCUUUUGAUAUAGACUUUAAUUUCUUCCGGUCCCAAUAGAUAGACUAUUUUUAAAUAACCGUUGGGAGGAGCAGCAGCCAGCAGAGUAACAACAUCAGCAAACACCAUUUACUUCUAACGGCUAGUUUCUUCUUCUUCUAUAUAUACAGACCCAAUCAUUUAUUCACAACAGACUCCAAAUAAAACCACAUCAGUCUCAUCUUCUUCUGUCCUUGUCUCAUACACAACUUAACUCUAAUGGCUCAGAGAACUCUUGUUGAAUCUUGCUGUCCAUUAUUCUCCUUACUCUUGUUGUUGUCUGCUGCUCAUCUUGCCUACUGCGAGGAGAUUCUGGUUGGAGGCAAACCCAGUGCUUGGAAAAUCCCUUCUUCACCCUCUGAUUCACUCAACAAAUGGGCUGAGAGUUUGCGGUUUCAUGUUGGAGACUCUCUCGUAUGGAGGUACGAUGGGGAAAAGGACUCGGUUUUGCAAGUGACGAAAGAGGCGUACAUUAACUGCAACACCACAAAUCCAGUAGCUAGUUACAGCAGUGGAGACACUAAGGUGAAGCUAGAGAGAUCUGGACCUUUCUUCUUCAUCAGCGGCUCUAAAAGCAACUGUGUCCAAGGCGAGAAGCUUCACAUUGUUGUCAUGUCAUCUCGUGGUGGUGGUUUCUUCACUGGCUCUGCUCCUCCUUCUCCGGCACCUUCUCCUGCUCUUUUGGAAGCUCAAGCUGUCCCUCCUGCGACUGGGUCCGCUUCUUAUUUGACCAGUCGAGUUGGGGUUUUAAUGGGAUUUGUUGGAUUAGCAAUCGUUUUGCUCUGAGCUUUUUUUUUACCUAUAUAGACUUUUGUCUAGAUUCUUUUA